AUGAGCAUCUGCCUCACGUUCAUAUCAGCGGGGACCCUGCUUCAAAAUGUCCCCUCCGAACUGCACUGGUGGGACAUGAGUGGCGACAUCGAGGGGAGCCAAGGUCUCCGGCUGCUGGACAUCCGGGUGCCCCAGUACGGCGAGCUCCACGGCUCCGUCACCAUGACCUGCGACUUCAAGCUGGAGGACACGAAGCUGUACUCGGUGAAGUGGUACAAGAACGACUUCGAGUUCUUCCGCUACAUCCCGGACAACUCGCCCCAGACGCAGUCGCUGCCCGUGCCCGGCAUCCUGCUGGACCUGAGCUCGUCCAACAUGACGACCAUCACGCUGAUCCGGCUGGGCUUCAACAGCUCCGGCACGUACCGCUGCGAGGUGUCCACGGAGGCGCCCGACUUCAAGACUGUGGUGGGCAGCGGCGACUUGAGCGUCAGGGGUGAGUCGCCAGCUUAG